AUUGCUGUAUACAAGGCACUCUACAGAUUGUUCGGAGGAUUUGUUGCAGAUGUGGUUGCCGCCAUUGAUCAGGCAGUUCAUGAUGGUGUCGAUAUUCUAAAUCUUUCGGUGGGCCCCAACAGUCCCCCAAGUAAUACGAAGAUUACUUACCUAAACUCUUUCGAUAUAACCCUUCUUUCGGCUAUGAAAGUUGGAGUAUUUGUCGCUCAGGUAGCUGGGAAUGGAGGCCCUUCACCUAAGACUAUGGUGUAUUACAGCCCAUGGAUAACAACUGUAGCUGCUGCAGUUGAUGAUCGACAAUAUAAAAAGCACUUGACUUUGGGAAAUGGAAAAAUUUUAGCUGGACUUGGUUUGUCGCGUAAGUUUCAUCCGGAGCUCCAUCCUGGAGGCUGUGUCGUGCAGGAUACCGAUGAUUGGGUGGCCGAUAUACGCAGAGCAGAGGAUGAACAAGCUCGGGGCAUGCACCUAUUCUUGCUAGAGAGAUUUCUUGAAUCUGAUGAUAAGAAUGGUCGUGUUCGGCUUGAGAAAACUGUUCUAAAAGGAGAUGAUGAAUUGAAGCAAGUUGCAGUAGGUACAGGGGUAUAUGAGGAUGUGUCAUGCGGGCAACUGCUGAAGAGUAUAGGUUACAAAUCAAUACCCAUUAAUGGUUUACCUUUUGAUAACUACAAAGGAAUUGUUCCAAAUCAUGGAGGGCGUGUAUUGGUUGAUGCUUCACAAGAUCAUAUGCAAUACGAGGCCGGCUUAUAUAUGUGUGGAUGGUUAAAGAGAGGACCAACUGGAAUUAUUGCCACAAACCUUUAUUGUGCCGAGGAA